CCUUCACCUGCAGAGUGCCUAAAGUAAAUAACACUAGCACAGGCUGCAGUCUUCUUAUUAGCAUCCACUAAGUCCUUGCAGAGUCCCUAUCCUGAGUCUGCUGCCGUCAUACUUUUUUUUCUUCUGAUUGUAAGGAGUGAUUUGAAUGUAGGUUAACCUGACAGGUUAAAUGUGUUUAACAACUUUGUUCACAUGCAGGAUCCUCAUGAACUCCACUCAGCUUAAAAUGGGGCUACAAAUGACAAUUUAAGGCUGUGUUGAAACAAGAGACUAACAAACCACAUGGGGCUCGAAAAGGCCGUUAUCACUGAGAAAGAGUCAUUUAACGGGGUGAAAAACAACAGAUGGAUUAGGAGCAAAGGAUUUAUGACAGGCUGACCUCAGUGAACACAUGAACUAUGGCCGAGGUCUCAUGCCGAGCAGGAGGCACAGCUCUUUGUCUCAGUCGUGGAUUUAAAAGUGCCGGCGAGCAGAGAUUCCUAAGCAGGCUGGUGACUGUUUCAGAUUCCUACAGAGCAGUGAAGCUGAACAGUGAGGCAGUGAGUGAGCAGGAACUCCAGCAGAGGAAAAGUUUCCACAUGGACUCCAACAGUGCCGGCAGCGUGCAAUAUGACCGCUGGAAUGAGGACAACAUCCAUAUGAAUGUAGAGGCUUCCCAAUCCUCACUGAGGAGAAUCUGUAACAGCCUGUGUGUCGGCAGCACUGGAAAAGCAGUGAAGGCAGCAGGAGCUGUAGCUGCACUGUUGGCCGUUUACAUCGUAGGAUACGUGACGGGAUACUACAUCCACCGGUGCCCGUAGAGAAACCAGGAGGUCAGGGGAGAAAAGAGAUUUGAAACAUUUAGUAACAAAACCCACCAAAAAAAGAUAAGCUUCAUAUUCAGAAUGAGCAGUGACUGGAAUGGAUUUAUUGUUCUAAGAAAAUACACAAAUUCAUUGUUCGUGUACUACUAUACUUGGAAAUUGAGUUAUAUCAAUGUAUGAUGUUCUGAGAAAUGUAAAAUAUGAAUUCUUCUUCAUAAUGUUCCUGGGAUAACUGAUACAAAGAUUCUAUUAUAUUUAUCAGAUGUGGGACUUGUUUCCUAACUUGUGAAAAAUGGUGGAUUUUUGCCCAGACUGGUAACAGGAGAUAAAAUCCUUUGGGCAAGAGAUACCUUUGGGUCCACUCACUGUGACAUUUCUGCAGGCUACAGAAGUCCCAUUUUGACCUAAAAUGACUGUGGUGGGUGUAGGGGUGUUACCUGAAUCUGUAGUUAAUAAAGUUACCUGAAGUUAAUGGAUGACUAAGUAAUUUAAAUGUUUGCUAGAGCUGGUCUUUCAGUGACACUCAGACUCAGUCAUCCAGACCUUCUGCUUUUGUUUAAAUCCCAUUGUUCUUAAUUGUUCUGAACAAAUUUUUGUAACAGUGUUUCAUCCGGUCCCAUUUGGCUACCAGCUUAACACAUCUGCGCCACACACACCCCAAUACAACACUAGGCAGUAAAGACAAAAGUGAUUUUAAAA